GAAUAUCAUCAUGGCCAAACCUUAUGAAUUUAACUGGCAGAAGGAAGUUCCUUCCUUUUUGCAAGAAGGAGCAGUUUUUGACAGAUAUGAAGAGGAAUCUUUCGUGUUUGAACCUAACUGCCUCUUCAAAGUGGAUGAAUUUGGCUUCUUUUUGACUUGGAAAAGUGAAGGCAAGGAAGGACAAGUGCUAGAAUGUUCCCUCAUCAACAGUAUUCGGCUGGGAGCCAUACCAAAGGAUCCCAAAAUUUUGGCUGCUCUUGAAGCUGUUGGAAAAUCUGAAAAUGAUCUAGAAGGGCGGAUAGUUUGUGUCUGCAGUGGUACAGAUCUUGUGAACAUCAGUUUCACUUACAUGGUGGCUGAAAAUCCAGAAGUAACUAAGCAAUGGGUAGAAGGCCUGAGAUCAAUCAUACACAACUUCAGGGCAAACAACGUCAGUCCAAUGACAUGCCUCAAGAAACACUGGAUGAAGUUGGCAUUUAUGACCAACACAACCGGCAAAAUUCCAGUUAGGAGUAUUACUAGAACCUUUGCAUCGGGGAAAACAGAAAAGGUGAUCUUUCAAGCACUCAAGGAGUUAGGUCUUCCCAGUGGAAAGAAUGAUGAAAUUGAGCCUGCUGCAUUUACUUAUGAAAAGUUCUAUGAACUGACACAAAAGAUUUGUCCUCGGACAGAUAUAGAAGAUCUUUUUAAAAAAAUCAAUGGAGACAAAACUGAUUAUUUAACGGUAGACCAAUUAGUGAGCUUUCUAAAUGAAGUAAGCUUUUUCAUACAUUAACUCCAUAAAGUCUGUGUGCAGUGGCUUGCCUCCUCCAGUGUCUUCAUUGCAUGCCCAUGUCAUAUCACCUUAUUUGCGUUGCUUCUGACCUGCUGAUCUUUCCAUGAUGGCUUUACCAGGUGCAAAAAUCAGCUGCUUCCCAUGUGUUAAUGUGCCUACAUGUUGGCUUUGCACACCGCUUUUUGUUGGUUUCUCGCUGUGAUGUGUAGCUCUGGUUCUGUGUGUAUGUGUGAAAUUUGUAAUAUAUUUAUUUAAUUAAAUGUGUCUGUGUUUUUGCAAGAUGAUAUUUAAGGUACUUUGUUUGCCUGUUGAUUUCAUUAAAUAGAGAAUGGAUUGAGUUUAUCACACUGUAGUUGGAUUCUCCAUUGCUAACUUUGUCUCAUACCUUUGCAUGGACUGGAAAGCUUUAUUUUUGUCUUUUAAUGGACUGCAUGUUAGAAAAAUAUGUAGGUUCAAAAAGAAUAUUUUGACAAGUAAAAUAUUUGAGUUCCUGGGUGAAAAUAUAGUGAGUCUUAGGCCAAUUGGAUUGCAGGUUAAUUUUUUUUAUUUUUUAUUUUUAUAACAGGCUCAGAGCUAAUUUUAGGACAUGAUUCACUUAACAACCAAAACUGGUUGACAAAAUUUGCUUAAGCACAAUGGAAAAAUGUUUUUGAACAAGUAAAGGUUGCAACUUUUAUUACAACCAAAAUAAACCUUUUUCAUUACAUAUACAAAAGAGUGCUUUCAGCAAAACCCACCAAGGCUAUUAUUAAUCCAAAAAGGAAAAUGUAGUUUUUCUCCAACACAUGAAUAAUAACAGUUUGAGUGAGGGACAGGAAAUAUGUUUUUCAAAAUAAUUUAAGUUAAUCAUCAUAACAUAUGAGAAAAAUGUUAGAA